GCCGGAAGCGGCGGUGUGUGCGGGGCGCAAGAUGGCGGCGGGGAUGUACCUGGAGCACUACCUGGACACAACAGAACCGAGGAGUGUACCUCUCCUCAGCUGGCCCAUUUACUGUGAACUGACCUCACUGCUCACCCUCCUGUGCUCUGCUUCUGAGGAUAUGGCUGACCAGUUGCACGGAUAGCUGAGGUGAACGCAAGGGUCGUGUCUGUGGGUGUGCUUUCUCGUUAGAGAAAUGAGAAGAUCAAGUGUCACCUUCCCUGUUUGUUCCAGCCAGCCUUGUCCACCACAUAUUUUCCUGCCUAGACUGAUGAGGCUGUUGCUUUAUCUGUCUUGCUGGAUAUGAAACUUUUAUCAUUGCAGUUGGGAAGUGUGCACCGGACUGGAAGGAAAUUCAAAUUUUCAUUUAAAGCUAUAGUUAAGCUGGUCUGUUAUUGAAUGAAUGUCAGUAUAAAGUGUGGGUAAGGAAUGGUAACAAAGCAAUAAAAAAUGUUUCCAGCUUUCCCCACCCCAUGCCUCUGUGCAUCUAGAUUCUGCCAACAUUUAGUCUAAAUUAGAUCUAAACACUUGGGAGAGUCAUCAGCAGAGAGCUAAUAACCAUAUCGAGUUUGAGAAGCAGAAGAGUGUCGCUGGCCUAUCUGCUCAGAUGGCUGCCUGGUAUUCAUUAUAUUGUCUUGGAGGCCACCAGUCGGGACCUGCUCCAGGAGCAGACACUAGGACAUACCUGCCUCACUUAACAGGAUGGUGGAGACUGCACACUGAGCUGAGGAGUCCUCAGUUGUGCUUGGUGUAGGCGCUCCCUGGUGGACUGGCAUGCGGUGCACUGGCCCGGAGCCUGGGAUAACAGCGCCGCAGAAUUCCUGGGUGGCCUUGGGCAAUUCGCUCUACUGUGCGCCUGAGUGCUCCGUUGGUGAAAAUGUAUUGAGAACCUGCCUUUUGAAUUGCAGAGAAACUUCCAGCUCAUGCGAGAUCUGGAUCAGAGAACAGAAGACCUCAAGUCGGAGAUCGAUAAGUUGGCCACGGAGUAUAUCAGCAAUGCACGGACUUUGUCAUCAGAGGAAAAACUGGGGCUUCUCAAGCAAAUCCAGGAGGCCUAUGGGAAGUGCAAGGAGUUUGGGGAUGACAAGGUUCAGCUGGCAAUGCAGACCUACGAGAUGGUUGAUAAGCACAUCCGGCGGCUGGACACAGACCUUGCUCGCUUUGAAGCAGACCUGAAGGAGAAGCAGAUAGAAUCGAGUGACUAUGACAGCUCUUCCAGCAAGGGCAAGAAGAAGGGCCGAGCCCAAAAAGAGAAGAAAGCUGCCCGUGCUCGCUCUAAAGGGAAGAAUUCUGAUGAGGAGGCACCAAAGACUGCCCAAAAGAAACUGAAGCUUGUCCGCACUAGCACAGAAUACGGGAUGCCUUCAGUCACUUUUGGAAAUGUGCACCCUUCGGAUGUAUUGGAUAUGCCUGUGGACCCCAAUGAGCCUACUUAUUGCCUCUGCCACCAGGUCUCCUACGGGGAGAUGAUUGGCUGCGACAACCCAGAUUGUUCCAUUGAAUGGUUUCAUUUUGCCUGUGUGGGUCUGACGACAAAACCAAGAGGAAAAUGGUUCUGCCCUCGCUGUUCCCAGGAGAGGAAGAAGAAAUAAAAUCCCAUGAGCCCUUAGCACUGCUGCAGGAGCUCUCUUCCCCCUGCCAGGGCCUCGUCCCAACUCCCCCAGCCCUUGGGGCCUUGGCUGGGGGGAGUCUUGCCCUGUUUGUGGUUUCGGCCAUCCCUGGAAUGGUGUGUACCCUCACGGCAGUUCCUCUGUGUUCUGUAUCCCUGGUUGCUUCCAAAUCCCUAAGGGAGGCCCUCUCUGUGUACUAUUCCAAACAGGUGUCUGAACCUCAAAGGGGAUGAAUGAGGGCACCAGGGUAGCCACCAGAUUCCCAGGGAUUCAGGUAGCCCCUGAUUUUCCUUGGCUUUCCUUCAGCCUCCUCAGAGUUCAUUGCCUACUCUCUGCUUAGAGAACAAGGCUAUGGGAUGGGGGAAGGAAAGGAGGUAAGUCUUCAGUAUUUUAGGUCUUCGAUUUUCCUGGAUCUUUUUCAGGAGAGAGGGAGUAACCAGGCCACUGCUUAAUCUAGUGGGUUGGUUGAGAGACUGAAAACCUAAUGUACUCCUUAUCUUUAAUCAUUCCACUACUCUGUCUGGCAUUGAGCUGCCUCUUUUGUUGGGUUGAGGAGGAAGGAGGAGCGUUUAGAGCUGGCUUUGUCUCCUUUACUCCUGGGGUAAACCUGCUGGCCUUUGAAGCACACUGUAUGAAGGAGGAAGAAUUUCUGGCUGCAUGGCAAGAAACAAUUUGAUCUAGCCUGUCCUCUGGCUCCAGAAUUCUCCCUCCGUUUUGUGCAGUGAAGCUUCUCCAUUAUGUUCAUGAUGAGAAGUUUUGGGAUCCAAAUCCCACUUGUAUAAUACUGAAUUAAAUAAAGUUCAUUGGAACAAA